GAAGAAGAAAGAGAAACCAUUAGGAUUCACCCUCAUUGCAUUGGUUUGUUGUGUCUGUCAGCUAACUGAAAACUAUUUUAAUCGCCAAUAUUGAAGUGUAUGUGUCCCACGAGUAGCGGACAAUGUCUACCCGGGCUCUGCGAAGACUCAAGGGGAAACAGCGGGGUCAGGAGGCCCUGGAUCUGGGAGAUCUAACUUUGGCUGAGAGCCCGGAGGAGCAAGCUGCGGCCGAAGAGGAGCAGCUGGACUCGGCUAAUGUUUCUCCCCUGUCUGAAAGGAAAGGCAGUGGCCGAAAAGCAAAGAAAAACAAGGCUCAGAAAAACUUCAGCAACAUUUAUGAAUUGAUUGGUGAUGCAGACAAUGAGGCAGAGAAAAUCUCACCUGAUGAAGAGGCAGAGAAACCAGAUGGAAAUAAAACAAGUGGCCUGGCGAAUGAUGAUAACAGAGACACUGAGAAACCGGAGCAGAAGCAAGAGGAAGGAUCUACAAAGUCUUCAUCUUCUGGAGAUAGAGUUAAAAAGAAGAAGAAAAAGAAGAAGACAAAAGUGACGUCAGACGAUGGGCAGGAGGCUGUACCAGAUGAUAACAUUGAUUUACUGCUGGAGAACCUGGAGCAGUCCAAUGGUCUGAGUUUGCAAAAUGAGGAUUGUGGAGGCUCUGACAGAAGAUCAGUGUUACAUGUGGAGCACAGGAAUCUCAACCCAGAGACGGAGCUGAAACGAUAUUUUGGGGCUCGAGCUGUUCAAGGGGACCAAAGACCUCGUCAGAGAAACCGACAGUUUCACCGUAGCACCUGGAUGACCAGUCCCAAGGACAGCUGGCCCCGCUUUAGCCGCCCAGGAAUCUCGAUGACCUUACUGCAGUCAAAAGAUGGCAUUCAGUACUUCACCUUUGAGCACAGUCGGGACUACCAGCAAGUACAGUUCAAGUUCCUGGAUGCUGUCGAGUCCAUGGAUCCCAACAACAUUGUGGCCCUGCUACAGCUUAACCCCUACCACAUUGAUUCCUUGCUGCAGCUCUCUGAUGUCUGCCGCAUACAGGAGGAUCAGGAGAUGGCCAGGGACCUCAUAGAGAGGGCCUUGUACAGCUUUGAGUGCGCUUUUCACCCUUUAUUCAGUCUGACCUCAGGUACUUGCAGACUUGAUUAUCUGAGACCAGAGAACAGGGCAUUUUAUUUGGCUCUUUAUAAACACAUGAUGUUCCUGGAGAAGAGAGGAUGCCCACGGACGGCUUUGGAGUACUGCAAACUGAUCCUGAGUUUGGACCCAGACUCUGACCCACUUUGCAUGCUCCUGCUCAUUGAUUUCCUGACGCUGCGUUCCAGAGAGUACCAGUCUCUCCUCCAGUUAUAUCAGGACUGGGAGGUGCACAGGAAUCUGUCCCAGCUGCCAAAUUUUGCAUUCUCCACUGCACUUUGCCAUUUCCAUCUCAGUCAGCAGGAAGAUAUGGAUCCUGAAGAAAGUAACAAAGAAAGACACAAAGCUGACCUGAUGCUGCAAGACUCUCUCAUCAUGUUCCCUGGAGUCUUGAUGCCUCUACUGGAUCUGUGUACUGUGCAGCCAGAUUCCACAGUCACUGCACAUGCCUUCUUUGGCCCAAAGAGUCAGAUAGGGCAGCCCCCAGCCCUGGCUGAACUUACUUCACUGUAUGUGGGGAGGACUUGCAGCCUGUGGAGGGAGGCAGCAGUAAUGCUGUGGCUGGAAGAGUCUGUGAAAGAGGUGCUUCGUCGAGUUGAUGCCAAAGACCCUCAGGUGGAGGACUGCCAAAAUAAGAGAAAGCAGAGGUAUCAGAGUGCACCAAGGAACAUCCAUCGCCACGUUCUCCUCUCUGAAAUCAAAGAAGCCACAUCAAGCCUGCCUCUAGAGGUGACCAGUCAGCCUGUGAUGGGCUUUGACCCUCUGCCUCCACUGGACUCAGUGAUGUCGUAUACCCGACCAGAGAGGCAGCAUGUUGGUGCAUCCAAUGAGAGCACGUUGUCACUGUUUUUCCGGUCGUUGCUGCCAAACUUCAACCUUCAGGGUGGACUGAGGCAGGAGGAUGACAUGGAAGUGGCUCGAGCCGGUCAGGAGCUUAACCAGGAAGUGAAUCGUCUAAUGGUGGCGAUGAGGGACAUGCUGGCAAACAUCAGGUUUCAAGAGCCGCCGAGAGAGGACAACCCCUACAGAGAUGAGGAGGAAUGGGACUGACUGAGGAGGAGGGAGACAGAGGUGGAAUUUUCAAGUGUGAGGAUGAAGAGGAAUCAAAUAGACAAAUAAACUUAAUAAAUGUCAUAACAUUAAGAAAAAUGAAAAUAUUUAAUUGUGUUUAUAAUAAUUAAAAGGAGAUGGAGUGGGACAACUGAAUAGUACUUCCUCCUGUGGUUUAGAGUUUUUAAUGUUCACAAACACUGCUUUAUGAAAUAAGAACAAAGUUGAAACAGUCCUCAUGUUGAGUGGAUGUUCUGUAUCAUGGAUUCAACGUUUGGCUUUGCAGCACUUGAAUUUUUUUUUCUUUGCCACAGAAUCAGACUUUUUAUUCUUAUUGAACAGCUCAUAUCACUUACAUUAAAGUGCAUCGUUGGAAAAGCAGUUCAACACAUCAAAGCCCAUUUUAACUUUCAGUAUCUGUAAAAACUGUAGGCUAAUUAAUCAUGUGUAACACGCUUGUUUUAUCUGAACGUGGAAUAUUUCAUGGUUAAAUUGUGAGCCAGGCAAUAGUUUUAAAUCUGUUUGGUGUGUAUUUGCUAAUGGGAUAUCAAUUCAAUUGGGUGUUCAUGUUGGGAAUAUUCAGCAAGUCAUACCCCACCAUUUAGAUCUUUCAUUUCUAGGAAACGGACUACUGAGAUAAACCCACCCAAACAAUUAGGAGAAAUUUCGUAACAUUUUUCAGAGAAUCAUUUCUGAAGGGACACUGUCACCAUAAUCAUCUUGUAAAGAGUUAAUCUGAUGUAAAACAAAAUAUGUAGUAAAACACAUCAAUUAAAAAGUCAAUAUACACAAAGCUCUUCUGUGAAUUACAGCUGUGUGUACCCACCCCUCAGCCUUCUGUGCUUUCCUACCAAAUCGCUUGCUAAAAAGUUCCAAAACAUGGCAACUGACUCCCAAGAAAGGAGGAAACAAACACAUAAAAUAAUAUGACUGAUCUUCGUACUACAAACAGCACCACAAAUAGCAUUACAGUUUUUCAGAAAAGUUGCUUCAAAUUCAUUUCUGAUGGGAUCUUAGUGAGAUCCUGUUAGGGCUGAUUCUGUUGUGACUGCAUUUGUUAAUUUGUUUAGUCCUGUCUCCUGCUUAUUUCAUUGUUUACUAAAUCCAAACUGUCACAAUGCUGGGAAAAAAGAAAAAUUUGCUGGUUAAAUUGAUAUUUUUCUCACAUUUGUCACAUGGUCAUUACAAAACUGCGGUCUGAGAAUCUGGUCACAUUUUUUGGGGCUUCUAGUUCAUGUUUUUUUAUUCUUGUGUAAAUCAUUACUGCAGGGUGUCUGCUGUUAUCCUGUUUUCUUAUGCUCUCUUCCUUCCGGCCCCUGUGUUUGGAACAGUUUCCCACAUCUUAAUUUGAGUUGGCUUUCCAAUAUUUGAUUAUUUUUGGCUUACUGAUUUUUUCCAGUAGUCUGCUGCUCUUCAUCAAGAUAUAUUCAGUACAGUAGUAUGGCAGAUAUUUUAUGUUUUUCCUAAAUUGACUUUAAUAUUUCCUUUGCACUCAUGACCUCACUCAAUAUUGCUGAUUCCCACUUGGAAUCUGAAGCUGUAACUAUACUUGUGGCAACACACCAACAAUAUAUAUCACUUGUAACCUACAUCUCUUAUGUUUCACCAUUUCCCAGUCUCUCACUCUUGUGUUGCUGUUUUUUUGUCAGAAUUAGAUGCCGUCUUGGCCGAAGCCCUUACAUCGUUUUCAUCUGGCAGAAGCAAGAAUCUGUCUCAUGAUGUGCUUAUUUUGUCUUCCUAUCAAACCCUUUACACAAAAAGAUGUCACACAAGGAUACCAGUUGGAGCUCUUUUAAAAAAUAAAAUAAAAUCAUGAAUCUC